GAUUCCAUAAAGUUUCCAUACACGGCGGGUGAACAGGCAAACAAGAAAGCUCAAUUUGCAGCUAUGUAUGGUUUCCCAAAUGUCAUCGGUGCUAUUGACUGCACUCAUGUUGCCAUAAGGGCACCGAACGUUAAUGAAAAUGCUUUCAUUAAUAGAAAGCAUUUUCAUUCAAUCAAUGUCCAAAUUAUUUGUGAUGCAGACAUGUUGCUCACUAAUGUAGUAGCUCGGUGGCCUGGGUCAACCCAUGACUCAUUUAUUUUAAGACACAGCAGUGUUGGACGCAGACUCGAGGCUGGUGCUAUACGUGAUGGCUGGCUUCUAGGGGACAGUGGAUAUCCCCUCAAACAGUGGCUGCUUACGCCUUUCCUCAACCCACAUAGUGCAGAGGAAAGGCACUACAACAUGUGCCACAGCCGAGCUCGCGCUAUAGUGGAGCGCACCAUCGGCCUGUUUAAGGGCAGAUGGCGCUGCCUCGACUGCACUGGAGGGAGGUUAUUGUACACGCCUGAAAAGGUGUGCCAAAUCGUGCUGGCAUGUGCUGUGCUACACAAUGUGGCACAGCUUAAAAACAUGCCUCUACCUCCUGGCGCCGAUUGCUGUGUUGGCCGCGACCCUGAACCCCAUCCCCAGGCAUUUGAGCCAAAUGCUGCUGCUGUGCACCAGCGUUUGGAAGUGAUGCGUCGCUUGUAAAGAACAACAAAAGGUGUGGAAAAUAUUAUUUAUUCAAGAAUUCCCUCAUCGUGCAGUUUAUUUCAGUCAGCGCAGUCUUGAUUUCGCCCAACUCCUUGGCCACCUCUCUGAUUGAACUAAUGACUUCCCUCUGCAUUUCAAGGACUGCAUCGGUGAGGACACGUCCACUGCUGGAGGGUUGAGAGCCGCGU